AUGGAGAACUUGACUGUGCUCCAUGCAAAUGUUACCCAGUCAACCUUCACUUUGACUGCAGUCACUGUAUUUAAGAUGUGUGUGGUCAUCCCCUUCUUCUGUGUCUUCAUGUAUUGCAUUAUUCUGAUGCUCUACACUUUUUACUCACAAAGGCAGUUCUGGCAGAGUGGCCGCUACGUAUUGUUUGCCCACAUGCUAGUGAACGAUACCAUCCACCUCUUUUUCGGUAUAGUGUUAUUCCUUUUGUUCAAGGCCGAAGUCCAAAUCCCUUUUGUGUACUGCCAACUCCUAAUAUUCAUAUCUAGUGUAUCUUACAUGGUCACCCCCAUCAAUUUGGCGACCAUGUCUCUGGAGCGCUACAUCGCUAUCUGCAACCCACUGCGGCAUGCUGAAAUAUGCAGGGUGGAGAGAAGCUGGAUUGUGAUAUCAGUGUUUUGGAUCAUUAGUUGUGUCCCUUCCAUUGCGCACUUUUCUUUGGAAGGACCGUUGGCUGAUAAAGAUAUUUAUCCUGGAACACUCUGCAGAAAGCAGAAUGCUAAUUCAUCACCUAGUCAAAAACUUGCAAAUGUCAUCACUAGCGGACUGUGUUUUGCUGUGGUUGUCAUCAUUGUUCUCUACACUUAUGUCAGAAUCUUGCUAGAGACUAGGAAAGUCAGGGCAGAUAAAGUUUCUGCUAUGAAAGCUCUCAAAACGGUACUAUUGCAUGGGAUUCAGCUGGGUUUAUGCAUGCUAUCAUUCACCUACCCUGUCACUGAAGAUAUCAUUCAACGUCAGGACAUUUGGUUUAAGGACCAUAUCGGCUUUUUAAAUUACUUUUCUUUCAUGUUGAUGCCGAGGUUUCUCAGCCCCUUAAUAUAUGGGGUGCGGGAUGAGGCUUUCAAAAAACAAAUGAAACAAAACUUGCCUUGCUAUUCCUCAAAAAUGACACCUGAGUAA